GAUUCGUCGUUGCUACACAUUCUAGGAAUUCUAAUUGGGUUUGUUCCAUUAUGUAUAUUCCAGACAAUGGAGCUAUUUGUUUACUACUUGGGACAAUUGUUGUCCAAGUUGCAGCACGGUGUUACGACCCCUCACCAGCAUUUCCGCUCCCAAAACACAAUGCCUACCAAGGUUCCGAGCUAUUAAAGAGAGACUUUCAGCUCGUAGAAAACGAGCUUGAAAAGCUUAUUUCAGACUCAAAGUUCGACCUUUCUUCAUAUUCGAUCGAAAUCACAAGUUCUGAAGGAACAUUAUGGGAGAAUCACCAUACCUCAAAGGUGAAAGAUGGCAAAAGGCCUGGUGCAGUCGAGGUCAAUGGUAAUAGCGUAUAUCGAAUGGCUAGCGUUACCAAAUGUUUCACAACUCUUGGACUUCUGCAGCAGCAUAUCGCAGGGAACCUUAGUCUGGAUGACACUGUUGACAUGUACCUUUCGGAUCUCAGUGGUAGUAUUCCAUGGAAAGACAUUACGCUCAAGACAAUUGCAAGCCAAUUGAGUGGUAUACCCAGAGACUCUUGGGGCAAUGAGAUCUCCUAUGGGAUUGACAAUCCCACUGAUUUGGGUUUGCCCCCACUACAAGAGAGCAAACCACCUUGUUUCGAAUUUGUUGGAGGCGAUAGGCCAUGCGAACAGGAGGAUCUCUUCGCAUACCUCGCGAAACAAGUGCCACUAUAUCCCCCGAAGCAAAAGUCCACAUACUCCAACACCAAUUUCGACCUUCUAGGCCUUGUAUUAGAGAAUGUGACGGGAAUUGGAUAUGCAGACUAUAUAGAGUCCUCAAUUCUUCAGCCCCUCGGUAUGGCCAUGAGCUCGUUCACCAAGUCUAAUGACAGCUUUGCCGUUCUGCCCAAGUUGCCGACCGGGGACAAUUACUGGGACACCGAAGAAGGAGUAGAUAGACCGACUGGUGGACUAUACAGUUCUUCAUCCGACAUGUCGAAGUUUCUGCGAUACGUUCUGAAACACUACAACGGAUUAACCCCAACACUGAACUGGUUUCAUCCGGCCUCAUACUCAACAACUAUUUCAUCUUUUUAUGGCACUCCCUGGGAGAUUUUUCGCACGAAUUCCAUCUUGCCAUCUACAUCAAGACCCGUGACCUUUGUCACCAAGAGCGGUUCCGUGCCGGGCUACUUGAGCUACAUCAUCUUACUUCCAGAGUACGACCUUGGGGUCACGAUACUAACGACAGCAACAUCAGCGCUGCUCAAAGAAAGCAUCCGAGAAAUCGUCACUGUACCACUUGUGAGAGCUGCUGAGCACAUCGCCCAGGCGGACUUAGCGACUCGAUAUACAGGCACUUAUCAAGCUCAGCAUCUAAACUCCACUCUCGUCAUUUCACAUUCGGCUACGAAGUCUUUAUAUGUAGAAUCCUUCAUCUCGAACUCAACGGACAUUUUCGCUGCAUGGAACCCUUUUUUCGAGGACUCCCUAGAAGGUACAAGGAUCCAGCUGGUGCCUACAUUGCUCUUCAAGGACGAAAAGCAGCAGCAGGGAGAGAUUUGGAGAGGCUUAUUCGUUCCUGAGAAAAGAAAUGAGAGUCUGGUCUGGGAUGAUUUCUGUGUAACGGAUGACGAUCCGAUACAGUUUGGGGGGAAGCCACUAUUUGAGGUCGUGAUGUGGCAUGCUGAUGAUGGGAGUGGACGGGUAGAAGAUGUCGAGCUCAGCGGCUUUAGAGUGAAAUUGAAGCCUGAUCACAAUGCGAGUCAACAGGGAGAUGGUGUGCAGGAGUCGAGAGAGACUAUCCAGGAGGGUGGCGCCAAUGAAUCGGGAACGCAACACAUUUUCAAUGGCGCAUGAAUGGGUCCGCGUGGCGGAGCUAACGUGCUGGGAACUAGAUUGGAUAAUGGCAUAUCCAUUAGCAUUGUAUCAAAUUCAUGACUUAUGAAGUUUAUGGGUCGAAUAAACAAGGCAAUCACAAGGGUAGAAGUCCAUAUUGAAGAGAGAACAUUGCCUAUCUACUGAUCUUAAAGAGAGUCACUAUUACAAUGAAUACUCGC